UCAUGCUUCAUCGAUCUCUCUGGGACCAAUAAUAAGGCAUCCAAAAUUAGGCGUUUUUUUGCCACAGCGACCUUAUUUGAGGCGCCUAUAUUGAAGGCUAGUGUCUGUCCGACUCCACCUAAUCAGAAGAACAUUUCCGCGAGACACAAACCACAGAUAAGCUCAAUAAUGGGUCCUUGACAACUAUCGCUGUUCAUUGAACGCCUGUCUUGCUGCAGCAUGGACGAAUGAGGAACGACAGGAUACAUGGCAAUCCCGGUAACUGUUCUCUCAACAACGCGAAGUAUUAUAAGCCUUUGAGUGAUAUGGAUCACAAGCUCCCCUUCGAGUCUAUAGCUAGACAUUCUUCAUAUACGACAAAACGACAUUAGACAAAAGGAAGAUCCUCAGAAAGCUAGAGGUCUCACAACGGCAGGAAGAAGCUGAAGUAUGGAAGACUAAUCGAUGGUUGAAUCGUGACAAUGUACCACUUCCACCAUCCAGGCGUAACUGGGGUGUCUGGGCUUAGGUUGGCUUUUGGGUUACCCCUAGUGUCAACGUUAGUGGUUGGUCAGGUGGUGCCAGUCUAAUGUCUCUAGGCCUGAACGUUCGUCAGGCCAUGCUUGUUAGCUGCAUUGGCAACAUUCUUUGUUUUGGGGUAUCCGUGCUUCUUACUUUCCUUUGGCGAACCGUAUCAUCCUCUCCAUGACAUGGUGCGCUACUCAGUCGUAGUUGGGUGCUCAAUGUCUCAAGCCAUUCAUUGGCUCCAUGAUCCCUGGCAUCUACACAAUGAAGAACACCAUGUCAGCUAGUACAGGUAUGACUUCUGCAGACUUCCUCUGCUUUGUCCUCUUCACCCUCAUCAUCAUCCCAUGCCUUCUUAUCCCACCUGAGCACCUUUGUAAGCCUCUUGUCACUAUCGCAUCCUUUUCGACCAUUACUUGUUUCAUCUUCUUCAUCUGGUCUCUUGCCAGAUCUCAUGGAGGAGGUCCUCUUAUGCAGUCUGAAGGUCUCAAGCUUGUGGGUAUAGAGCCUGUCACUGGCUCUGCACUUGCUUGGGCCAUCUUCCAUGGAAUUUCAUCUGCUCUUGGUGGUAUAUAUGCUGGACUGUUGAACAUGAGCGAUUACACUCGGUUUGCCAAACGACCUAAUGAUCCUCUCAUCUCGCAAACUAUUGUCUCACCAGUUGUCGGUGUCCUUACUUCGAUGAUUGGCAUCGUUUGUGCCUCCAGUGCUUCUCAAUUCUAUCCCACCGAGACUCUCCUAUGGAUACCUUACAAUUUGCUCACUGCCAUGCAGACUGACCUAUGGAGGCAAUUGUUGGAUGUUUCUUUACUGCAAGUGGCUGUUCAUUUUGACUUUUGUGUUGGGGUGCAGUAAUUGUGUUGUCUUAAAGUGCUGCUGGUUGUAUCUAUUUUGCAGUUUGAUAGUUCGUUGUACAAGGAUUAUCAGUGGUGAGCAGUCGUGG